UGAGCUUUUUGUCAAAACCCUUUUAUUAAGAAUCUUCUUCUUCUCCGUCUCUUUGUUUAUACUCUUCUUUCUUGAAAUCGAAUCAAUGGCCCCAAUCAAAGUUGGUGAUGUUAUCCCUGACGGAACUUUAGGUCACUUCGACUCUGAGGAUCAACUCCAGCAACUUUCAAUUCACUCACUUGCUUCCGGUAAAAAGGUUAUCAUCUUUGGUGUCCCCGGUGCUUUUACCCCUACUUGCAGCAUGCAGCAUGUACCCAGUUUCAUUACCAACGCUGAACAAUUAAAGUCGAAGGGUGUUGCUGAAAUUUUGCUUGUUAGUGUCAACGACCCAUUCGUGAUGAAGGCAUGGGCAAAGACAUACACUGAGAACAAGCACGUUAAGUUCCUAGCAGAUGGAUCAGCAGCCUACACUCACGCUCUAGGUCUCGAACUUGACCUUGGUGAAAAGGGGCUUGGAAUUCGUUCUCGCAGAUUUGCCCUGUUAGUUGAUGAUCUGAAAGUCAAAGCUGCAAACAUCGAAGAAGGUGGAGCAUUCACUGUUAGUGGUGCAGAUGAAAUCCUUAAGGCCCUCUGAACUCCUAUUUGUAAUAAGCAGCUAUCACUUCUCUAGACACUCCAUUUAAGUCCGGUUGCUUAACGAAUGAACUUUCUUUUCAAGUGUGGAAGAAAUUAAAUAAUAUGCUGCUUAUUUUGAAGAAUAACCAUCAAAUACUUUUGUGCCCACACACCAAUUGUAGAUCUGUAUCUUCACCUUGUCAAUGAUCAGUUGCAGUCCAUUAUAUGUUCCA